UUUCAGAUUUUUAGCAUGAAGUGAACGAACGAAGUCCUUGAAUUUUGGACGGUGGUGUAGGACUAUGAGAAAGUUAUCAAUUAUUCUGGUUUUUAGCUGCAUUUUUUUUAACGUUGUAUCAACACUGGAGCAAAAACAUAUCGAGUAUGGAGCAGCAGUUUGGGGUGCGAAAGCGCCAGAUUACAGUUUAGCGUCGACAGAUUCUGGUACAACAGUUUUCAUAAGAAGUUUGGUUUUUGUGGAUAAUAAAACUACUGCAUACUACGAGUUCGACAUGAUUCGCGUAAAACUCAAUAUCAUGAAAAUGGUGGACGAAGCGAAUCAAUACUUGAACCAACUUGGUGUAGGUCUUAUUGUCGUUGGUAUUCUACAAACAAACCGAGGAGAUCUCAGUUUACAGUCUUUCCAUGAAUAUAGAAAUUCGAGGUUGCACAAACUACCUGACCACGAAUUUGCAACUCUUAUAUCAUACAAGUAUGCCGGUGGAUUAGCGUAUGUCAAUGGAAUGUGCUCAUCACAUUCUGUAUCAUUGUCCGGCUUCUAUCCGAAUGAGCCAAGGGCAAUGGGAUCGAUCUUUUUCCACGAAGUGGCCCAUCUGGUAGGAGUACCGCAUCGAGCUGUCAAUGAAUCCAUAUAUGUUCCGAACUGCUUGUGCACGCCGAAAGAUUCACUGAAGGAGGAUGGAUGUUUAAAAAUCCCAGGAUUUGAUCACGAUUGUACAGUUCAACAGUUUGUAAACACCAUCUACAAGAACAAGUGCAUUCUCAAGCAUCCAAUUUUCGAACAAAGUGAGCCGGUCUGUGGAAAUGGAGUUCUCGAAAAUGGAGAAGACUGUGAUUGUGGGUUGCCAGGUCGUUGCUCCGACCUCAACUGCCAGCCACACACUUGUCGAUUCUUUAUGCACCCCUUCUUUUUGGUCCUUGUUCUCGCGUCAUUCGUUGCCUUCCUGGUCAUUGCUACCUGGUUCAUUGUUCGAAGAUACACCGGAACAAUGCUCAACUGCUUUAAAAUGUACAAAUCAAAACAUGACCGAGGAAAUGCUAGCCCGUAUACGAACGGGCAAAUUCAAAUUCUGGCCGCCAGUCCAUAUCAAAAUAGGAAAAUGUCACACUCCUCGAUUUCUGGAAGCAACACUAUUCUUGUAUCGAAUGAUUCUCGAUUUGCAACGAUCCAAAGGCCGAAGGUUCCUCCGCCGCCACCACCACCGAAAACUACUAUUCAAGUAGUAGCCCCCGGAUCUGGUCAACAAUACGAGACGACAAAAGUUUUCGGAUCAUACCGAGAAAGCUUUUAUGACGAUUUUUCUGAUGACGAAUUCGAGGAGCAAGAAGUGCCAUCCGCAUACCCACUACCUCCGGGAGUGCCAACGUGCCCGGCAUACCCGCCAAAUGUUCCAAUAAACCGAGUAACGGUUGAAUUACAAUCGCCUCGAACCAACAGCACUGCAACAACAUCCAAUUCGACAUCGUCGUUUUCAUUUUAAGCAAUGCUUGAUUCUACCACAAAACACACAUUCCUGCGCCCCAUCAUCACAUCAAACAUUUCAUUUUGAUGCUGGAGCCGUUUUAAACAUUCAUAUGUCAAUUCUUUCCUGUGUGAUUAGAAGGGUUCACUGUUCUCAUCAUUUCCUUAUUCCCUUUCUUUAUCCAGUUCAAUUUUAUGGGUUUUAUGUGCAAGAUUGGCUUUUCAGCGCCCAUUGUUUUUUUUAUUUGUAUUUUUUAGUUUUGUUUUUUUUUUUCAAUUUUUUCUUAUUAAAAACUCUCACCACUCUCAAUUUGAUUCUAAUCAGUCACCCAUGCCGGUGAUUUAUCACUUAUUUCCAUCGCCAGCCACAAAUCUUUCUUUAUUCUGAAAACUUCUCGUUGCUCACAGAUUCCAUUAUUUUUAUAUUUCUGGUGCUCAUAUUUUUUGAAAUUUUUUUGAAAAUUUAUUAUGUUUUUGAAAUUUCACUUUUUUUAAAAUAAGGCCAUAUUGGUUCAAUUUUUCAGUGUGUAUGUAUUUUUUUCUGUUUCAAAAAAUAAUUAUGAAAACUUGCUCAUUUCAGCAACUUCAACUGUGUUAGCUUUGAAAAGCCAAUUACCAGGGAGCGCCAACUCGGCAAAAAAGCUAGAAGUGACGGGAGCAAAAACAUUUCUCAUUUUCAAUUUAAAAUGGCGAAACAUGUUCCUCUUAACGCCGUGCAACCCCUAUUCCAUUUACCCGAACCUUCUAUUUUUUGCUCGAGCUUCAUUGGAAAAAUCAUUUGGUUGCUCCGACACCCAGCAGAAUUGUGAGAACCGAAUGUUUCAUCGUCACGCAAUCGACAAUCUUAUUUCACUGCUCCGUAUUCAGAUUUGUUUCACUUGAACACGCAACUCGUCUUCUCGAGGAAACUCUUAUCAUGAUUUAUUCAUUUUGAAGAAAAAACACACAAACGUAGUUGGAAAUAAGAUGUUAAUUUACGAAAUAAAUGUUCUGCUGAUA